GUCAACACAGAGCCUGAUGCGGGGCUCGAACCCACAAGCGAUUUCUGACAAUUAGACCUGUCCACAAGAAGUGAGCUGGCAAGGCUGCUUUUCUGUGCUAAAACUGAGAAGCUGAUUGGCACCAUGAAAGUCUUCUGCGGGCGGGCCAAUCCCACCACUGGAUCAGUGGAGUGGUUGGAAGAAGAUGAGCACUAUGAUUACCACCAGGAGAUUGCAAGAUCCUCCUAUGCUGACAUGCUACAUGACAAAGACAGAAAUAUAAAAUAUUACCAGGGUAUCCGGGCUGCUGUGAGCAGGGUGAAGGACAGAGGACAGAAGGCCUUGGUUCUUGAUAUUGGCACUGGCACGGGACUCUUGUCCAUGAUGGCGGUCACAGCAGGGGCUGACUUCUGCUAUGCCAUUGAGGUUUUUAAGCCUAUGGCUGAGGCUGCUGUGAAGAUUGUGGAGAAAAAUGGCUUCACUGAUAAGAUUAAGAUUAUCAACAAACAUUCCACUGAGGUGACAGUAGGACCAGAUGGUGACAUGCCAUGCCGUGCCAAUAUUCUGAUCACGGAGUUGUUUGAUACGGAACUGAUUGGAGAGGGAGCGCUGCCUUCCUAUGAACAUGCACACAGGCAUCUCGUGCAGGAAAAGUGUGAGGCAGUGCCUCACAGAGCAACUGUGUAUGCGCAGCUGGUGGAGUCCAGGAGGAUGUGGUCAUGGAAUAAGCUCUUUCCCGUCCGAGUGCAUACCAGCUGUGGAGAGCAGGUCAUCGUGCCCCCCUCGGACCUGGAGAGGUGCCCGGGUGCACCCUCCGUCUGUGACAUUCAACUGAACCAGGUGUCGUCUGCUGACUUCACUAUCCUCAGUGAUGUGCUGCCUAUGUUCAGUGUGGACUUUAGCAAGCAAGUGAGUAGCUCAGCAGCAUGCCACAGCCGGCAGUUUGAACCUCUGGCAUCUGGCAGCGCUCAGGUGGUACUCUCCUGGUGGGACAUUGAAAUGGACCCUGAGGGGAAGAUCAAGUGCAGCAUGGCCCCCUUCUGGGCACACUCAGACCCAGAGGAGCUCCAGUGGCGGGACCACUGGAUGCAGUGUGUGUACUUCCUGCCGCAAGAAGAGCCUGUUGUCCAGGGCUCAAGCCUCCACCUGGUAGCACACCAUGAUGACUACUGUGUGUGGUACAGCCUCCAGAGGACCAGCCCUGGAAAGAAUGGGAGAGUGCAUCCAGCACGUCCCGUGUGUGACUGCCAAGCUCACCUGCUCUGGAACCGGCCUCGGUUUGGAGAGAUCAAUGAUCAGGACAGAACUGAUCAAUACAUCCAGGCCCUGAGGACAGUGCUGAAGCCAGACAGUGUCUGCCUGUGUGUCAGUGACGGCAGUCUGCUCUCCUUGCUGGCCCAUCACCUUGGGGCAGAGCAGGUAUUUACAGUAGAGAGCUCAGCAGCUUCUCAGAGACUGAUGAGAAAAAUUUUCAAGACUAACCACUUGGAGGAUAAAAUUAAUAUAAUAGAGAAACGGCCUGAAUUGUUAACAUCUGCAGACUUGGAGGGUAAAAAGAUCUCCCUCCUCCUGGGUGAACCGUUCUUCACUACCAGCCUGCUGCCCUGGCACAACCUGUACUUCUGGUAUGUGCGGACUGCCGUGGACCAGCAUCUGGGGCCUGGUGCUGUGGUGAUGCCCCAGACUGCCUCGCUGCACGCUGUGGUUGUGGAGUUCAGGGACCUGUGGCGGAUCCGGAGUCCCUGUGGUGACUGCGAAGGCUUUGACGUGCACAUCAUGGAUGACAUGAUUCAGCGUGCCUUGGACUUCAGGGAGAGCAAGGAGGCUGAACCUCACCCACUGUGGGAGUACCCAUGCCGCUGUCUGUCCGAGCCCCAGCAGAUCCUGACCUUUGAUUUUCGGCAGCCAGUACCCCCACACCUAGUGCGUGCUGAGGGCUCCAUUGAGCUGAGGAGGCCUGGGAGGAGCCAUGGGGCCGUCCUGUGGAUGGAAUACCACCUGACCCCGGACAGCACCGUCAGCACUGGCCUCCUGAAGUCUGCAGAAGACAAGGGGGACUGUUGCUGGAACCCCCAUUGCAAGCAGGCUGUGUACUUCUUCACCACGACGGACCCCAAAGUGCCGCUGGACGGCCCUCAGACUGUCAGUUACACCGUGGAGUUCCACCCCCACACUGGAGACAUCACCAUGGAUUUCUCACUCUCAGACACCCCAGAUGAUGGGCACUGACCCUCACCUGUUGAGAAAUAAAGUGGCCUGAGGACUCUGG